AGGUACUAAAACUAAUAUUUCGUGUAAUAUCAAUGAUCACAAAUGUCACUAGGUGAAUUAGUGGUGGAACUUUGGAUAGUUGAAGACAUCAGUGAUUAAGUGUGGGAAAUAAGGAAGACAUUGGAGGAUACAAAUCAAGUUUCGAAUUAUGAGCAACUACAGGAACUACGCACCAUGGAAUAAGACCAGCACAAGUAGUUACUCCAGCGGCAUCAAAAAGGAAUCCCCAGGAAUACCAAAGUACGACUUAACAUUUGGAAGAAAUCGAACUGAUGUUAGCAAAAAGGCAGAUGAUGAUAAAGGCACAUCCAGAAUUGCUACAAGAUAUGGCAGCUCCUAUAGUGCGGGCUACCAACGUGACAGUAGUGUACCAGGAUAUUCUGGAAGAAUCGAAUCCUCCAGGAUAAAACCAGUUCUGGACAAAAAAGAUACGAGUCAUCCCCCUGUAACUUAUAGACCCAUUGGUCGCACCGGAUCAAGAUCUAGAGACCCUAGCCCAGUAGAUAAAUCGGAAAAAAGUUCCUCUUCUUCUUCCAGUUAUAGUUAUAAUAGAUUGUAUCCAAGACCAUACCAAGGUUCAGCCAGCCGCGAAAAAUCAGAUUCCAGUCCGGCUACUACCAUACCUAAAUACACCGGUAGAACCUCUAUUGGGAGAGAUGAAAUUCCAAGGUAUACUGGUAGGUCCUCAACUUCCAAAGAUGAUUCUUUAUCUGCGAGGUAUGGUAGGAAUUCAUCUAGAGAAGAUCUUUCGUCAGGAUCACAGAAAUAUAUCAACAGUAGGUUUUUACCUAAAAAUGCCGUUGAGAAAAGCUAUACCGCUCACACAAGACCUUCAAAUAUAAGAACAAAUGAAACAAGUAGAAAAAAUAGGGAACUUUUAAGUGUUCUACAUGCUCAACAAGAACAAGAGAGACUGAGUAGAUCUUCUAGUAGAUGUUCAUCUGUAACUCCAGACGAAACAGUUUCCUCUUUGCAUACUGAGAGUAAGUCACAAUCACCUCCAAAACAAGUAGAGAUGGAAACUAUAACAGUUAUAACAAGAGCAACGUCUCCAUCACCUGUAACGACACAAAACAACAGUUAUCUGCGAAGUAGGAGAAUUGAAAUAGCAAAGUACGUAGAGAAACAAAUUACAAGACCAAAGACCAGAACCCACACUAUGGUAGACAAGGAAAUGCAGUCAGACAGAUUGGAUGAUACCACAAGAACAUCUAGGUUUGCUGGAGCUUCAAGGAUAUCAACUUCGCCUUGGUCAUCGAUUUUAGAUAUGAAAUUUUCUAGUCCAAAUAGUAAACAAAAGACUUUAAAUAAAUCGGAAAAUUCCGGUCAGGAAGAAGAGAAACAAAAGGAAAUUUGUGAUAGUCCAAAAAAUGUAUCCAGAAACAAUUCGUCAAAAAGCUUAAGCCCGUCCUCCACUAAAUCAGAAAAGAAGGAUAUAAAAAAAUCGUCACCGUCUCCUCCUAAAUCAAAAAUUGUUCCCCCAAAACAAAUACCCAAUGAUAAAAAACAACUUCCUCCGCAAAUUCCGAAAUGUGAGAAUACAAAUAAAUCAAAUUCGUUACAUUCCUUACAAACUACUAACAAAGACUUUCGUAAAUCGGUACUAAAUAUGAAUCCAGACGGAAAAUCAAAAAAGAAAUUAGGCAGGCGCAGUAACUCAGCGAGUUCCGCCGAAUCCGAUGCGGCAGAUCCUGAUGCGACGGAUGUAUCGGAAAAUCUAACUAGUUGUAAAUCAUAUCACACUUCGUCUUCUAAACUACCUCAAAAGGUUUCUUCUGAUAAAUCACUUCAAAGGAAUAGUAGAUCUCCCAGUUCCGACGCCAGUACCUCAUGCCAUACAAGUAGCAGUGACGAUGAUUUAAAAACUAAACAUGAGAAAAUUAAAAGAAAAAGUGCUGCUUCAUCAAGAACUUCGAUAGUAGUAUCUUCCGCUGACGAAUUCUCUUCAGAUAAAUCUCCCAAACCUCCACAAAGUCCAAGACCGAAAAUAGACGGCAUGAAAUCCGAAGCUGAAGCAAAAUCAUUUUUAAUGAGAGCUUUGGCACCAGUAACAAAUCUAUUUAAAGUCAAACAUCACGGAUCAGAGGAAAAGGUGAACUGGAUGGAUCCUAACUCUGAAAGUAACAAUGAAGUAAGUAAAAAUUCUCUGUCUGAUGAUGUUCAAAAUUUACACUCGUUUGGGACUCAGAAUACACAAUCUGUUGGACUAAAACCUACCGGAACUGGAUUAAUACCAGCCAAGAUAAUUAUACAUCGAGUUGAAUCUACCGAGAAACCUUGGUGGUUAGAUGAAAAAUCUGGAAAUUCGGAGCAGUCGUCACUGCAGGAUGAUAAUCCAAACAAGCCUUCCUUAAAACAUGUUGAUUCUGGGGAAGUUUGUUGGUGGAAUCAAGAAUUAGACGAUAAAUCUGAAAUUUCGCGACAAGAUCAGAGCAGUUCCCCGAAACAGACCUCAAAGCAAGAAAACAGCACAAUUAAACCUCUCUUACGGCGUGUUGAAUCUGGAGAAAUUGCUUGGUGGAAUCAAAUGUCAGAUGAGAAAUCUUCAGGACAAGACCUUUCUAGGUCUCCCAAGCAAAUGUCGCAUCAAGAAAAUCUAAAGAAGCCUUUAAUCAAACAUGUCGAAUCUGGUGAAAUACCUUGGUGGUUGGACGAGAAUGCUGAAAUUCCAGAAGGAGUUCAGACAUAUCCUAACUGGGUUAGAGAGGAUGGCACAACUGAAGACGGAAGGAUAAUUUACAAAAUAAGAAAGAAUGAUUCGGGAGAUACAUCAUGGUGGCUUAGUAACAGCGAUAAGACAGACUCAAACCAAACUAAGCCGUCGAAUAUAAUGGAUUCCGAAUAUUUGGACAAACACAAAAUAAGGCACAUAGAUUCAGGAGAAAGGUCGUGGUGGCUAAACAGUUCCGAGAAUAUAUCCGAAAUGGUUCAAGCUACAGAAGGAUCUAACCAAAAUCAGGCCAAAUACGCAAUACGCCAUCAAGACUCUAAUGAAAAGGCUUGGUGGUUGCAACAGAACACCUCAGAGCAAAACAGGGAUUCCGAAUAUGAAUUUGACCAGGAACAAGUGCCUCUUGGCGACAGAGCUAGCCCAGAAGGUUUGGAAAUGCCCAAGGAGGAUGAACACCGUCUGAGUCCUUAUGAUAACGUACGGACUAAUCAGAGAGCCAAGAGACCUUCGCAGUUAUCGUUUUUUAUUUCAAAGCAUACUAAUAUAGAUGAUAUUCUUGGGGGUUCCACGCAAAUAUGGAGUCCGCUGAUGGAUAGGCUAUAUGGAUAUGAGGGUGGUCGAAACGAAGAAUGCACAGAAAUUGACGCGGCGCAGGUGAUCAUACACGAGGGCACACCACAACGGACAGUCAACCAGGCCAACAUACUGAACAAGGCAGGUUUUCCAAAACCAUCUGCUCAUACAAAGGUGAGUAAUGUGUGGUUUUUCUAU